AUGGGAAACUGGGCUGUGAAUGAGGGUCUCUCCAUCUUUGUCAUUCUGGUAUGGCUGGGCAUGAACGUCUUCCUCUUUGUCUGGUAUUACCGAGUUUAUGAUAUUCCACCUAAGUUCUUUUACACUCGAAAACUUCUUGGGUCAGCACUGGCCUUGGCCAGGGCCCCUGCGGCCUGCCUGAAUUUCAACUGCAUGCUGAUCUUGUUGCCAGUCUGUCGAAAUCUGCUCUCCUUCCUCAGAGGUUCCAGUGAGUUUUGCUCAACAAGAAUUCGAAGACAACUGGACAGGAACCUCACUUUUCAUAAAAUGGUUGCAUGGAUGAUUGCACUUCACACUGCAAUUCACACCAUUGCACAUCUAUUUAAUGUGGAAUGGUGUGUGAAUGCCAGAGUCAACAAUUCUGAUCCUUACUCAAUAGCACUGUCUGACAUUGGAGAUAAGCCUGGUGAAACUUACCUCAAUUUUGCUCGAAUGAGAAUAAAGAAUCCUGAAGGAGGCCUGUAUGUGGCUGUGACUCGGUUGGCAGGCAUUACUGGAAUUGUCAUCACACUGUGCCUCAUAUUAAUUAUCACCUCUUCCACCAAAACCAUCCGGAGGUCUUACUUUGAAGUAUUUUGGUACACACAUCAUCUUUUUGUGAUCUUCUUCAUUGGUCUCGCCAUCCAUGGAGCUGAGCGAAUUGUACGUGGGCAGACCCCAAAGAGUUUGCAGGAGCACGAUCCAAAAAAAUGUUAUCAAAACAUCUCAGAUUGGGGGAAAACAGAGGACUGCCCAGUCCCUCAGUUCUAUGGCAACCCUCCUAUGACUUGGAAAUGGAUUGUGGGUCCCAUGUUCCUGUACCUCUGUGAGAGGCUUGUACGGUUUUGGAGAUCUCAACAGAAGGUGGUCAUCACCAAGGUGGUGACUCAUCCUUUCAAAACCAUCGAACUACAGAUGAAGAAGAAGGGAUUCAAGAUGGAAGUAGGACAAUAUAUUUUUGUCAAGUGUCCCAAGGUUUCCAAGCUGGAAUGGCACCCUUUCACACUGACCUCUGCACCUGAGGAAGACUUUUUUAGCAUCCAUAUCCGCAUUGUUGGGGACUGGACAGAGGGACUGUUCAAUGCUUGUGGCUGUGAUAAGCAGGAGUUUCAAGAUGCCUGGAAAUUACCUAAGAUAGCUGUUGAUGGACCCUUUGGCACAGCCAGCGAAGAUGUGUUCAGCUAUGAAGUGGUGAUGUUAGUGGGAGCAGGGAUUGGGGUCACACCCUUUGCAUCCAUUCUCAAGUCAGUCUGGUACAAAUAUUGCAAUAAUGCCACCAAUCUGAGGCUCAAAAAGAUCUACUUCUACUGGCUCUGCCGGGACACACAUGCCUUUGAGUGGUUUGCAGACUUGCUCCAGCUGCUGGAGACCCAGAUGCAGGAGAGAAACAAUCCUGGCUUCCUCAGCUAUAACAUCUACCUCACUGGCUGGGAUGAGUCACAGGCUAAUCACUUUGCUGUGCACCAUGACGAAGAGAAAGAUGUCAUCACAGGCUUGAAACAAAAGACUUUGUAUGGACGGCCCAACUGGGAUAAUGAGUUCAAGACAAUUGCGAGUCAACACCCAAAUACCAGAAUAGGAGUUUUCCUCUGUGGACCUGAAGCCUUGGCUGAAACCCUCAGUAAACAAAGCAUCACCAACUCUGAGUCUGGCCCUCGGGGAGUACAUUUCAUUUUCAAUAAGGAAAACUUCUAA